UCAAAAUUAUUAUGACGUUUUCUUUCCGAACAGAAAGAAUUUGUCGAAUAAUCGUGUUUAUUUGUUGUGAAUAUUAAAUAAUGGCUGCUGAAAUCAAGCCUGCACCUCGGACGCCAAAUGAUAGGUUCUCGACGACGAAAAAACCAGCGUUGUUGAAUAAGUUAGAGGGCUGCACAGACGAUGUGAAUGCCGCAGUUGUGAUACCUGGCGAGGAUGGAGUCAUUAGCGUCUGCGAUGAUAAAACAGUGCGAGUGUGGCUAAAGCGCGACUCAGGGCAGUAUUGGCCGAGUAUCUGUCAGUAUAUGCCAUCGGGCUGUACGUCCAUGUUCUACACCCCGGAGACUCGUCAGCUGUUCAUUGGCCAGGAAAACGGCACUAUCUCCGAGUUCACACUUGCCACAGACUGCAAUAGGAUAAACCCGGCCCGCGAGUACCUAGCACACACGGCGCGUGUGACGGCUGUGGUGUUCUCCCUCGGUUGUGAGUGGGUGCUAUCCGUGUCUCGAGACAAGCUGUUCUCGUACCAUUGCAGCGAGACCGGCCGGAGGAUCGGCGGCUACUCCUUCGAGGCUUGGUGCACCGCUUUGCAAUUCGACUCGCAGUCCAAGUAUGCGUUUGUGGGAGACUACAGUGGGCAGAUAACGAUGUUGAAGCUCGAUAACAAUGGCGCCACGCUCGUCACUACGCUCAAAGGACAUACGGGUUCGGUCCGUGUGUUGAACUGGGCGCCUCUACCUCAGCUUCUGUUCAGCGGUUCCUUCGACCAGACCAUUAUAGUUUGGGACAUCGGAGGGCAGAAGGGAACAGCUUAUGAACUACAAGGACAUAGUAAUAAAGUGACCGGUCUGUGGUACGUGGGUAGCUGCGAGCGACUUAUCUCAGCGGGCGAGGACGGCGCAUUAGGAGUGUGGGAGAUGGGAGUGAAGCGGAUAGAGACACCGGCGUGGAAGGAGUCCGACCUCUGCCAGAUCUGCCGCGCGCCCUUCAUAUGGAACGUGCGCGCUAUGAUGGAGAAGAAACAACUAGGUCUCCGCCAGCACCACUGUCGCUGGUGCGGCGCGGCGGUGUGCGCCACGUGCUCGCCGCACCGGCUGCCGCUGCCCAUCAUGGGGUUUGAGUUCCCGCAGCGCGUCUGCACCACCUGCUACGAGACGCUGCGGCAUGAACCCCGUGAAUCGCUAGCAUCAUUCCACGACAUGAAGCACGCAGUGGCGUCGCUAUACGUGGACGAGGCGACCGGACGCAUGUGCACGGCCGGGAAGGACCGCGUCAUCAAGGUGUGGGACGUCGGCUUGCUGCUGGCCCCCGCGCCAGCGCCCGGCACCAGCGACCAGUGAGCCAGAUUACAACACAUUUAGGGUUACGUUCUUAGUUUUUCCCGAAAAAAACAGGAAAAAUACAAGAACCCCCGGGAAAAUAUGGGAAUUUCCGGGAACGAAACCCUAUUCACUUUAUACAAGUCAUGGGGCGAGGUUAGUGUUGCCAGAAAUUGCGGAUGUCCAAGCCGGUACGCUAAGCGUUCGCGCUAGUGUUUUUAAAAACAGUUCACCUUGCCGUUGCUCUUGGUCUGCGCUGACCCUAAAAGAAUCCACAAUUCAACUUUAUGCAAGUGAAAUGAGCAACGCUUCAAAAAAACGGGACAAUUGGCAUCCUGCAUAAUCUUUAGGCGAACUUACAAGCCCUAAUAGAGUUCUGGCAACAUUAUGAGGUACGUAAUGGGGAGUUAAACUGCGCGUCUAUUUAAGCUUAAUCGGAGCGGACGAAGCGUUAGGAUUUGUAGGUUUGCAUUGACCUGUGUUAAUGUACCGUCUCAAACCUCAAUAAAGAUUUUAUAAUCUAUCUCUAGAUCGCCAAACGUGCUUCGAAACUUAAACUCGUAGCAAUUUGCCACCAACCCGCAAGUGCUGAUUGAGCGGAAGCCUGUGCCCAGCAGUGGGAUAUAUAGACAGGUUGUUUAUAAUUCGCAAAUGCCGGCGCUCGAUACGAUCCGUCCGUUUCGAUUCUACUCAAGUAGGCAACAGCUUUGAAGGACAUUAUGGUUAAGUGAAUGAGCUGUCUUCACUCAAAAGUACUUAUUUGACUCCUCAUUGGAUAAUUUGGUGGCGUAAUGACCGAGUUUGUCUAUAUUAAUCAAUGCGACUUUACUACUAAUAUGAUUUAUACACUAAUAUAUACAGCUAAAUCCAGCAAUUUGCUUUAUAGAAAGUUGUUACUUUUAUACAUAUAAAUAAUUAUAUAAAUACUUCUAAAAUCGCAUUUUUGAUUCAUAUAAACAAAUGUAAGCAAAAAAAUAUCUUUAAAACUGCUUUUGAAGCGUCUGCCGCCAAAAUGGAACGUUAAAUGACUUUUAAAAAUAUAUUAUGAAAAUCACCAACGACUUAUCGUCAUUCAUUAUUAAACAAAAUGUGUUCAGAGUUGUCAUUCGUAAAAAAAAAACCUUCAUUAAACUUCGCGCUUAUUCGUUGGUUUGAAAGUAAUUUUUUAUUCUGUUGUCAUUUUUUUCAAAUAUAAUUCUAAUCUAUACAGGGUGAAGAAAAUAUUACCCAGAAAUUAUAAAAGCUGUUUUCAAAUUCAUUUAUUCAUUGCCCAACGAAUGCUUUCAGUAAGUUAUUUUGAAAUGUUAUAAGCUAAGACUGAACCUUCAGGAUAAACUAGAGUUAUUGAGAUUUUGAUAGUGUUCAGUGCACUAGGCGAGUCACCUCAUUCUUGCUAACAGUAUAUAAAUAAGACAUGCAUUCGAUCUCAAUCUCUAUAUCAAUUACGUUUUGAGGCUGAACGGACCUAACACCUGUAUAAUGUAAAGUAACAAAUGUAUUGUCUCAUUUCACGGAUAGAUGGCGCUAGUGGAACGUGAGAUUAAAAAGAACUAAACAUAACAUUUCCCUUAUAAGAUUUACAACCUUAAAUAUUUCUUUACGCUAUUUUAUGAGACAAUAGCAUUAUAUAUUAGGUCACACACCAACAAAACGCGUGCAACAUGGUCUAGGAAUGAACGUGCACUACAUGGUAUAAAAUUUGAUAUUGCACGUAGAUAUAAUCGACGUGCAAUUUCAAAUUUUCAUUCUGCAUUUAUUGCGCACGUAACAUGAUGAUGCGGCGUGUUUUCAAUCAUCUUUAAGCUCAUUUCAGACGUCCACCAUAUUAAAAUUAUGAAUAAGAAUAUUUGUUUCGUAUUUUUCUUACAUAUGCUUUUUUAUAUGUUAAAAUAAAAUGUAAGUCAAAAUUUAUUAACCAGUUAAAAAAUUAAAUUAAAUUGUUUAUUUUAUGUUUUAUACAGAGAUUGAUUAAAUAUAAUUUAAGGGUAAAAUUGGUGUCGGGAGAAAGUUAGAUUUUAAUUGAUCUGAUUACCGAUGAUGAGACAAAGUGUAAAGUUUUUUUUGCUGGGUGUCAUGGCGAAUUCUGGUUUGUUUGUGUUGUACUGAAGACACAUAAUUUGACAUUAAACGUGCACGUAAUAUGACCUAAAGAUAUAGGUUUUUAACGAUAGCUCCGCUAGCUGUGAGCCCUUGCUCACAUUACCACGAUUCAGUCGCGAUUCAAACGCGAUACUGCCGCGAUGCAAACACUAUUCAGUAAUGGAACAAAAAUGUCUGCGAUCGCUACAGUUGCAAGACGGAUUCCUCCCUCUAUUCAUCCCCCGAUGUCGUCCUACACGGUCGCGCGUUUGUCGCGAUGACGUAGCGCGUUAGAAGCGCUGCAAAAAGUCGCCAUGCUGACGGGUCUUCAUUAUAAACCUUUAAACUUCUGUUUUGUCGUGCCCGAAUGAUGUGAAACUCAUAAUGUAACUUACCAACUUAUACAGCAUCGUAGUAUUUGAAUAAAGAAUAUUAAAUACGAUGUCGGAUUUAUGUGUUCAGGAAUUCGUCACGUCAUACUAUCUUGUGAAAGCCUGGCUUUUUAUAUAGAACUUUAAGAGAGUCCGUUCUUAUAUCUAUUACUAUGUCGCGGUAAAUGUUAAACAUUGUAAAAAAAAUGUAUUAAGUGUGUAAUAUAAAAUCUAAUGUAACAUCGAUAUAUUAUUGGUUUAAUUCUUUAUCUUACACCAAAGAUACUAGGUGUUGUCUAAAAUGUUAUAUUUGUUAAUUAUUGUAAUAUACCUUUUAAAAAAAAAUUGGCGUUGUAUUUUCUAAGCUAAUGAGCGAAACUGAUUUCUAGAUUCGAUACAUUAAAAUCAUCGGUAGGGACAAUAAGUCAUGAAAUAACGAAUGUAAUGUAAUGUAAUAAAGUAGUAUAAAACAGUGCAUCAAAAUUGUAAUGUUUUUCAUGUAAGGAUAGUAAACAUUUGUAAACAUUAAUAACAUGGUGAAGGAAUUGAGAAACACCUGAGCUUUACUGUGUACCAUAACGUUACAAUGUGUUGGGUGUUGCUUAUGCCAAUAGGGUAAAAAGCACCUUCUGUGCAGACCAAAAUGUAUUAAAUGUAUAAAAUUUGUAUUACCUUUAAAUGUAUCUCCGUUUGGUUUAGCUCAUUAUCUCUUGCGGUUUCUGGCAAAUUAUGGACUCUACGCGAACUGAACAAAACGAAAAAUUAUCAGUCACUAGAUAAAAAAAAUAUGUUUAUUAUUGUUAAUACGUAAACUAACUAUUUACAGGCAUAUGCAUUUUAUUUAUAUACUGGGUAUUUCCAAAAUGAGUUGUACGACUCACUGUCUUUAAUCUCAUAAAUAUUUUUAUCAGCAUAUCGUAUGAGAGUAACUGCUAUUUAAUAAUUUAUUACUUAAUAUUAUUCUGAGUCUAAGGUGCUGAUUCCUGUAGACACCAUUAAUUUUAUUUUAAGUUAUACCUGUCAUUUUCUGAUCCACUAAAAGGAAAGGGACGGACAAUCGACAGACGGGCUAUCGAAUGUAUGGAACACUAGUCAAUUUUAGGCAGAAAUUUUAAAAACCAAAUUAAAAAAAAAUAUUAUAUUGGCCAAUAACUCUUUUAAGUUGACAGCACAUGUCAAACAGGUUGAAUAUCAUCGGGGUUAUUCAUUCAUUCACUCAUUCAUUUUCAAAUUAACAGUUGUCAAUCUUUUAUCCCUUUCUUUUUCGGCGGAUAAGAAAAUGACGGGUAUAACUUAAAAUAAAAUUAGGUGUCUGCAAGAAUCGGCGUCUAAGUACCUAAUCAUAAAAUCAGACACAUUAUUUAUCGUUUAUUUGUCUAACGUCUGUAUUAAAUACUAGUUACUUUAAUAAAUUAUGUCAUUAUUCUUUAACGCAAAAUGAAGAAUUAUUUUUUUAUUCACGGAGCUUAUUAUUUUAUGUUUGUAAAGUAAUACUGUAAGAUAUAGUCACUGUAUAAUUACUAGAAAUAUAUACUUACAUAGGCUGCUUAAAGUUUCUAUGCCAAUAAAAGUGUAAGGAAAUAA